UCUCAUUGUGGUGUCUCUUCUUUUUGUAGUCCGCCAGAUGCUGCAGAGUGGAUUCAGCGCCAAUCUGUACAACGAGGACGGGCUGACGGCGCUGCAUCAGGUGGGUGACUCGGGUCACAUGGUUCAUAGAAUGGUAAUAGAUUUCCUAACUUCUGGUCUCCUCUUCUUUCCUAGCAAUGCCAACCUGCUGGCUGUGAACUCUGAUGGGAAUAUGCCCUAUGACCUCUGUGAGGAUGAUGUCACACUGGACCACAUAGAGGCCGCCAUGGCCGAGCAAGGAAUCACUCAGGAGAAGAUCGAGGAGUCUCGGGCCGCCAAAGAGAGGACUAUGAUGGCUGACAUUAAGCAGCUGGUGGAGUCGGGGUCAGAGGUCAAUGCUCAGGAUGAGUCUGGCACCAGUUUGCUCCACAUCGCGGCAGCCAACGGUUACCUGGACGCUGCCGAGCUGCUCCUGGAUCACAAAGCUUCGGUGAACGCCGGGGACUGUGACGGGUGGGAGCCGCUCCACGCGGCGGCUUGCUGGGGACAGAUCCAGCUGGUGGAGGUGCUGGUGGCCCACGGUGCCGACCUGAACGCAAAGUCCCUUCUGGACGAGACGCCUCUAGGUAUGUAUACCAGCUCUCAUCUAAGGACAGAUCUGUGGGGCUCCCAUGCAGUUACAUCCAGCUCUCCGUGGGACAUCCGUGACCUGGGAUGGGGGUCCGUAUUUGUCCGGGGGAGGGGUGACAAUCCUAUGGCAUCUCCCCCCGUUUCCUGUACCGGUGACACCGGGGGGGUGACGCUCUCUUACCGGGACACAGGCCGCAAUCUCCACAUCGCGGCAGCCAACGGUUACCUGGACGCUGCCGAGCUGCUCCUGGAUCACAAAGCUUCGGUGAACGCCGGGGACUGUGACGGGUGGGAGCCGCUCCACGCGGCGGCUUGCUGGGGACAGAUCCAGCUGGUGGAGGUGCUGGGGGCCCACGGUGCCGACCUGAACGCAAAGUCCCUUCUGGACGAGACGCCUCUAGACUCGGCCCGGUUCCCGUCCUUCCCCCGCACGCUGACCAUUGUGCCACAACCUAGGGCCCCUCUAGGGCCCCCACAGCCGGAGUCGGACCCCCAGCAGUCGGUGGGGACAGAAGGGGGGGAGUGUCCGAAGGGCGGAGCCUCGGAGGAGCAGCGGAAUUCUGCCCCGGCGUCGCAGAGGAACGGCAGCGCCCGAUCGGCCCCCAGACACACUUUCUCCAAGCGCCUGGACACCGAGCCAGCUCCGCCCAGUCCCGUCUACUACACUACCGCCAGUGGAGAGCCGCCAUUGCUGAAGCUCGUAGCGCCGGCGGAGGAGAGCGCGCCGGCAGGGAAGAGACCUUGUUGUGGGGUCAUGUGACUUUUUUAAGGAUGAAUUGGGCCGGCAGAGGCGGAGGAGGUGGAGCCUUACCCCAGAAAUUGGGUCGGCA